AGGUGUAUGCAAAUGCGGGUGUUGCUUGCAGACGGCCAAAAUGGCGAAGACUUAUGAUUAUCUUUUUAAACUUUUAUUAAUUGGUGAUUCUGGUGUUGGAAAAACUUGUUUAUUAUUCAGAUUCUCCGAAGAUGCUUUUAAUUCUACGUUUAUAUCAACGAUAGGCAUAGACUUUAAGAUUAGAACAAUUGAACUGGAUAGCAAAAAGAUCAAGCUGCAGAUAUGGGAUACCGCAGGGCAGGAACGAUUCCGAACAAUCACAACAGCAUAUUACAGGGGUGCUAUGGGAAUUAUGCUUGUAUAUGACAUAACAAAUGAAAAAUCAUUUGAAAACAUAAAGAACUGGAUCAGGAACAUCGAAGAGCAUGCAUCAAAGGAUGUUGAAAAAAUGAUUUUGGGUAACAAGUGUGAUAUGAACGAUAGAAGACAGGUAUCAAAAGAAAGAGGUGAACAGCUUGCAAUAGAACAUGGCAUAAAAUUCAUGGAAACCAGUGCCAAAGCCAGCAUCAACGUAGAAGAGGCAUUUUUCACACUUGCUCGCGACAUCAAGUUAAAGAUGGACAGAAAACAGGAUGCAACAUCUGGUCAGCAGAAUCGAGCCGGAGGGUACCAGCUGUCAAAGAAAGAAAAUCAACCCAAACGAUCUUUCUGGAGGUGUUCUAUACUUUGAUUUCAGUGCCGAUUUCUUUAUAAUUGUUUUGGAAUAGUUUUUUUUUUGUGACAGACUUUGCUAUUGGCUAUUGCCAGUAACGAAUGUGCAAAACAGGGCCAUUGAUUGGUCCUUCAUGAACAGUGUGAAUGAGGGAGGGGGAAGGGAUUGAGGAAAUAAUACAAACCAGAAACAGUUACUUGGUUUGAACUCGUUCACACUGAAAAGAAACUGGUGAAAAUAACCAAAUCUGUGUCAGAUUUGUCAUGAAUUAGAUAUGUUUUUUAAAAAAUACGAAGCGGCUUAUUGGAAGGCGGUGAAAUGAGAUUGCAUUCACAGUUUUCAGAUGUAAAUAUACAUAAGACUUAUUGCUGAAUUUUGCAACUCGUUGGACAGGAGUGAGAAUGAAGUUGCUGAAUUGUUGGAAAUGUGCAAAUUGACAUCACAAUUUACUGUUGUGUUGUGUCUGUUGUCCUGUUAUAAAAUGGUUAACAUUGUUUUGCUUCUACCAGUAUAUAACGAGACAUGAAUCAUGGCUUACUAUAAGGCCUACCUUUGAGAAAAAAAAGAAGAAGUUAUAACCUGACUCUUAAAAAUUAUUUGAGCUAUUAUUUGCUUUCGUUCUUCACUUUAUUUUUGAGCACCGUCGUAAAAAAUAAAAAUAGUAAUAAUCUUUAAAAACACUUAGCAGGCUGCAGAUUUAUUAUAAUUCUUGGUUUCUGCGAAUCCGAGAUUUUAAAGCAGAAGUGCAAGAUUAUGAGAUGCAGUCUCAAAAUAUAUAGAUUACCUCAUCUUUACGAUUGUCAGAAUUCUAAAAAAAAUCUUCAUGCAGUGCCUGCUUAGUAAUUAAAAAACCCAACCUUAUUGUGUACCAGCUGACUUCUUACCAAAUUACUGUAAUGGAUUUUCAGGUUGUUCAUUAACUUUGAAACUAGGAGACUGAAAAUGUACAUAUUUAAUGAAUACAAAGAGGUUGAUAAUUAUAAGCAUGAAAAAUAGGUGGCGGUAGAAGCAGCAAUAGCUAUUAAAAAUAACAGCUUGCCAUUUGCUACUGAACACACUGGAUUUGGUUAUAGUGAACUACUUGUUUUAAAAGAUAGUCUAAAUCAGGGUUUAACUUUAAGCUGUUAUUCGCCAAAUUGUUAAAUGCAAUUAAAAAUUUAAUUUGGCAAAUACAUGUCAUUGCCAAAGCUUAUAUAAAAGCAAUUACCUUUUGGCGUCCAGCUUAAAUGAUAUCUAAAUUAUCAGUUGACUUCUUGAUACCAAGUUUUAUUGACCCUUUGUUUAUAGUUUUGUAUAUUUCGAAUGUAAAACAUUUUUUUCUUUAAAAAAUAAUUAAUGCUUUCCUUUAUUAUUAUUGGCAAGUACACAAGUUAUAAAGUUUCAAUUUACAGUUGUAUUGUUUGGUAUUGAUUCUAUCUAAACUUCAGUAUCGGUCAUAUUUAACUGACUGCUUGUUUUACUACAGACUUGGAAAUAAAAAUACAACUCCAUAAAAAUUUGCUAUAGCAGUGGUCAAUACUUUCAAAGUUUGCCAUUUCUUAUUUAUAUGGCAGAUGUGUGGCCACGUCAGUUGAACUUCCAAUUCAGACACGGUAUGAUGAUUAAUUGACAUGUUUAUCAAAAAGACACUGACGUACAUGCAAAAAAAAAAAAAAACUGACUUUACUUUAUUAAAAUGAUAUUAGAGGAGGGAGAUGGGACUUUGUCUUUUAAUGAAAUAUGCAAUGAGGCAGAAGUCUUAAGUUUUAGACUAGAGGUAAGAGAUGAGAAAAUCUACUUUAGCUAUAGUGAACUUUAGGAACAAUAUUUAGAAAAAGCUUAAUUUGUCUAAUAUUUCUUGAAUAGUACUAUUAUUUUCUGGCCGAAAGCUUGAUAAUUACCAAUUACCCAUUGAUUCGACCCACUGAAGCAUCUGUUAUUAUAUAGUGGAUCUUUUGAUUAUCAAGUAUACAUACUUCAGUUAUAAACAUCAGUCAUUGGAUAUGCAUAAAUCAUCUUUCCAACUACUGUAAACCAGAUUAAAAUUGUGACAUGUGUUUUUGUUACGAAUAUGCACCGUAGCAUAUAUUUGUGACAUUUAAAUUUUUCGCGAAUGACCAUUAGCAUUUGUAAAAAAUAAUGCGUACUUAUAAAUUUCACCACUUGAAGUUGGCCACGAACGAUGCAAAAUUAAUAUGCACACAAUUUUUUUCAUGCUUACAGAGUAUCUAAAUUUAUUUUAUCAAUAAUAUAUCGUACACAUGUUUGUGCCAAAACACCCCAAAUUGUCAGUACUGUAAAUUAAAUGAGAACUGAUAUCUAUCUGAUUGCAAUUGAAAUUAAAAAAUAUAUAGUGUUAAUCAUAAGUUUUUUUACAAAAAUUAUUUGAGGGAAGAGUAUACUAUAAAUUUCUCUUCCGUUGUAAAGGGUAAACAUAGACAGACACAUCAAAAAUAAACAUUUAAUUUUCAAAGCUUGGUCCGAUAAUUUUACUGACAUAGUUGUGUUUUUGUGUUUUAUUAUACCUUUUAAUUCAUUUAUUUUCUGUUAUUUGUAAUUUGUUGUUGUUGCUUUGUAUUUUGCAUUUUAUGUUACAUAGUCAUGAACAAAUAAAAUUAACACUUUUUGAUCGUAUCUUGUAACAAAUGCGUCGCUUCAUUUGGUCUCUCAUCGUCAGUAAGCCAGUGUUUAGGUUCUGUGGUUUGGAAUUCGUAAUCUAAAGACCAUCCAGGUAGCAU